AUGUCUAUUCCUGAUCCUACGGCCCGCACACCAUCGUCCGUCAAUUACGUUAGUACGGCGAUUAGCAGUCUGACAAAACGGACCGGAAACCAUGGCGAAUCGUCAGAAAAAGUCUCUGCAAUUGAUAACCGCGAGGAGUCGAUCGAGGAGGGGUCAAAGCCCGUUUAUGACCAUACACAUCGGAAGCUCAAACCCAGGCAUGUCCAGCUUAUCGGCAUCGGUGGUACAAUCGGUACUGCAUUGUAUGUCCAGAUUGGACAGACGUUGGCAGAAGGAGGACCGGGGAGUCUUUUCAUAGCUUACACAUUGUGGGUACUGAACUUAUUAGGUCUGGCCGAAAUGGUCACAUAUUUACCGAUCUCAUCACCCUUUAUCCGUUUCGCCGGACGUUACGUUGACGAUGCUUUUGGAGUUGCUGCCGGCUACAAUUUUUUCGUCUUCGAAGCUGCCAUGGUUCCUAUGGAAGUUACUGCUUGCUCAUCCAUUACUGGACCAACAAGAUCCCUCUGGCAGCAAUAUUCGCUAUCGUACUUGUUCUUUUUGCGUGCGUCUUCCGCGGCGAAACCUGCGUUUUUUGUCCUAACUUCUCUUAGGUUUCUCAACGUCUUUGCGGUAAAAUGGUAUGGAGAAUCCGAAUUCUGGCUCGCUUCCAGUAAGGUCUUGCUCAGCGUAGGCUUGAUCUUGUUUACUUUCAUCACAAUGCUGGGUGGCAAUCCACUCAACGACCGUUUCGGAUUUCGGUAUUGGAACGAGCCCGGAUCGUUUGCAGAACACUACAAAGAAGGGAACCUGGGAAGAUGGCUGGGGUUUCUCGCCUGCUUGAUCAAUGCCAGCUUCACGAUCGCAGGGCCGGACUACAUCUCUAUGGCUGCCGGUGAAUCCGUAGAUCCCCGAAGGAACCUCCCUAGGGCGUAUAAUGGGAUGUUCUACCGUCUUACUGCAUUCUUCGUAUUGGGAGCACUCUGCGUGGGGAUCCUUGUCCCGUACAAUGACAAAACCAUGGCUGACGCCUUUGACAACGAGGAACCUGGAGCGGCGGCAUCCCCUUAUGUGAUUGCAAUGGACCGCCUCGGCAUUCCCGUUCUGCCGCAUAUUGUUAACGCCAUGAUUCUUCUGGCGGUUUUCAGUGCAGGAAACAGCUAUGUUUAUUGCGGCAGCAGGACCUUGUACGGGCUUGCCCUUGACGGCAAAGCCCCGCGCGUUUUCACCAGGUGCACAAAAUCCGGUGUCCCCAUCUACUGCGUGGCUACUGUCCUCCUUAUUGGGCUUAUUUCUUUCCUCCAAGUCUCCAACAGCGCGUCAGUAGUGCUGAACUGGAUCAUUAGCUUGGUAACUGCGUCACAGCUCAUCAACUUCUCCGUCAUUACUUUUACUUAUACUCGUUUCCGGAAAGCCCUCAUUGCGCAGGGUAUCUCCCGUGACACCCUCCCUUACAAAAGUCUCGGCCAGCCGUACGUCGCGUACAUUGCUCUAGUAUCAACAAUAAUUAUGGCGUUUGUUGGGGGCUACGAGGUCUUCCUACCGGGCAAUUGGGACGUACCAACUUUUCUCUUCUCGUAUACGAUGAUUGGCGUCUUUCCUGUGAUUUACGUUGGGUGGAAAAUCAUCCACCGGACUUCGGUUCGAAAGCCUGAGGAAGUCGACCUCUUUACAGGAGUCGAUGAGAUCGAGGAGUAUACGAGGAACUAUAGACCAGAGCAAGCGAGUAACCCCGUCUCACGUUUCGGAGACUGGCUAUUCGGCUAG